AUGGCAAGAUCAGAUGAAGUAAUGAGCUCAAUCGGUUCUGAGAUCAUUGAUCUGGAUUCCUAUUUUCCGACAUCGGAAUCAUCUGAGGUCAUCGAUCUCGGUCUCUCACUGGGUGGAUUCUACGGAGGAGGGAAUGUUACUAAGGAAAUACUGAAACAGAAACAACCUGUUUGUGACAAUGAUCUGAUAGGGAACAUGAAAUGUUUCUCUCUCGGUCUGUCUUCUUUCUCCUCCCGUCCACCACCGGUGAGCAAGAAGAUGUUUCCGGAAUGCCCCAAAAAUUGGUCGGUGAAAUCUGGUUCUGGCGCCGCCUUCGCUCGUGCAAUGGAAAAGCUCAAAUCCAAAUGCUCCCCUUUAACCAUCCCUUUAAUCGAAGAUCCAAUGCCGAUUGUAGAUGGAAAAGAUGGUGAGACAUCACUAGAGAACCCUUUCGAGAAAUCUAUAGUGAUGAAGAGUGCAAUUCCAACUCCAGCUUUGAGGACAAUAAUGCCUUGUGUGACAGCCAUAGGAGAUGGACCAUAUGGAAGGAGAAUAAAAGGGUUCUUAUUUAGCUACAACGAUGAUAAGAUUAUCGACAUUGUGUGCAUUUGCCAUGGCAAAAUAAUGUCACCAUCUGAUUUCAUCAAACAUGCCGGUGGAAUUGAGCGUCGGAAUCCCAUGAAGUACAUCAAAGUGACAGAAAAAGAAUUCUAGACAACAAUGAAAAUCGACCUUCAAGCUAUCAAACUAAUACAUGACAAACCAUAUGGUCGAGCCACACAAGGCUUCUUUAUCUUUUGUCAUGUUUCGUAUUUUCGUAAGCAACUGUUUUCCUAUUUUCAAGAACAUUAAAGUUUGGCUUUAAUUUACCGUUUUCUAGAUAAUGUAAGCAGGGAAA